AUGGCGAUGCUGGAAUUUUCAAAGUUAAUUUUUUUUCUGGAAGCUUCCUCACAUUUCGAAAAAACAGUAUCAAUUUUUAGAUUGGCUAAUGAGGAAAGAAUUAAAAAUGAAGAAAAGCUUGAAAAAUCGCGACUAGAAACAGAAGCUGAACUUGGAAAAUUGAGAAUUUUGUCGGAGAAACGAAGAAAACAAUUGGAUGAACAGAUGAAUUGUAUGAGAGAAUUAGUUAUUGAAAAAAUGUGGACAAUGCAAUUGGAAAAUUUAUUCACAAAUUGGUUAAACUUUUUGAAAACAUCAAAUAGAGAAGUUGUUCGAAAUUAUAAAGUUUUUCGCACAAUUGUGAGUAGAAUUUCUGAUUUUCUUCCGCAAAAACUUAUUUUCUUUAGUUGAGAAUUGAAAAAAAAAUUCUUCAAAAAUCUUUUGAAUCUGAAAAUGGACUAAUGGAGAAUGAGUUAAAAAAUAUUCAAUUACUCCGGGCAGAGAGGAAUUGGUUAUUUUUAUCUUCUGUGAUGUAUUCAAUCGAGGAAGUUAACAAAUCUUGCCAUUUUUAUAUUGAAAAUUUGUCAAAAAUUGUGGGUUUUUGGGGUUUUCUAAUUCCAAUGCAACAUUUUUCAAUAAAAAUACUGUUACAGAAAAUCUCAGAUUUGUCGGAAAGUUUAACUCUACUUUCAUGA